AUGAACAACAAAUUGAUGUUUGUUAACUGUCAAAAAUGUGGUGAAGAUUUCGUUCGAGAAGAGUGUCAGCAUUCUAUUCAAGAAAGAAGCCUAAAAGGAACUUGGGUGAUAGAAGAGGUGCUCAAAGCUAUUGAAAAAGGUUACCAGAUUAUAGAGACUUACGAAAUAUGGGAAUACGAUACAAUUCAGCUCAGUAAAGACCAAGAGGGGUUAUUUAGCGGAAUGAUGAACAAGUUUCUACAAAUAAAAAACAAGCUUCAGGAUGGCCCAAACAUUGCUUAA